AAAAACAAAAAAAAAACAAAAAAAAUGCAAAAUAUGAAAAAAGAAAAAAAACGACAACAACACAUGGAUGUUGUUGUUUCAACAUUGUGUAACAAAGUUAUUACAACUAAUAACUUUAAGGAAUCAGAACAUUUUAAAGAACCCUCGGCUGUUGCCCCAGGCAUUUCAGCCCAGGAGCCCAAGCCUGGUGACCUCAUUGAAAUCUCCAGAGACUUCUAUCAGCACUGGGCGCUGCAUUCUGGAGAGGGCAAGGUUAUUCACAAGGUCCCACCAUCUGAGCAUGCUGAUGCCGGGGUCAGCAGUGUGAAGUCAGUACGGCACAACAAGGCCAUAGUGAAGAAAGAAAAACUGCAGGAUGUGGUUGGCAGCGAUGACUACCGGAUCCACAACGUCCUAGAUAAGCAACAUCCGCCACUUCCCAUUCCACAUAUACUACAGAAAGCUGAAACCCUUGUGGGGAUGGUAGUUCCAUACAAACUGUUGACAGACAACUGCGAGCACUUCGUUAAGGGGUUGAGAAACGGAGUACCACAAUCCCAGCAGGUGCGUAAAGCUGCGGCGGCUUCGGUUGCUGUUAUUGCUGUCGUAUGUUGCUGCAUUUGUUUUGCUUUAUAUUUUAAAAGGCAAAGCAAAGUAUACUCCCUGCUUGGUUUUAUCUCUCUUCUUUUAUUCCUUUUUGUAGUUUUUUUCCUGGUUUUCACAAUAGCCUAAUCACCCAUCAGUUUUCAGUCUAUUUAAUCAAUGGGAUAUAGUCAGACGGAGGGAACAUAUCAAUAUAUGUUCCUUCUUCAUUUCCAUUCUACUCACUGAAGAAA